GAGACAUCGAACUGUAUUACAGGCAAGAGAAGACAACAGCUUACUGGUCGCAGGCUGCCCGAAACAUUCACACUGAGCAACGUGAGAAUUCAAGGCAGUGUCUGGAGGUCUUGAACAGCGAAUAUAUCCGCAAAGUAGAUCACCGCCACUGAGAACAAUGUGCCAGAUGAGUCAUAUUAAAUAAUAAUCAUUCAGUCAAUCAGAAGCACAAGUGAUGCAUGGACACCUCUGCUGUCCUAAAGUCAAGGUUGGCCAUACACCAGCACUGUGCUCUGUUUUUGGACAAGUCAGCCGGUUCUCAUUCUCUCAGUGUCUUGUGACUCAGUCCAGGUGUGACCAAAAACUCCACCUUACCAGACAGACCAGGUCUGACUGUGUAUUCCUCUUUUAGCCUUCUGUGAAGUCAGGCCAGACCACAUGCCUUCACACUACUGUAAUACCUACGGACUCAGAGUACAGUCAGAGGAGGAGAUGCUCUUUGAUACUGGACCGCGACCAGAAGAACACCAACGCCCUUGAACGCAGAGACCCGCCGGAGUACUGCAGUGUGUUCCGCCAUUGUUUGUUUUGGCGGUCCCAAAGAUUGGCAUGAUGGACUGGGUCUGGUUCUGAGCUCUUAGCUGGAUUAUUUGGAAUCCAGACAGGAACAUUCCGGGUCUGUGCAUGCAUUUGGACCAGGCGAAGUGUUGGAACUGUUGUUUUAAGCUCUUGAUCCAUACAUGCCUUCCCCCGUUGUCACAAAGACGCCGUUAUCCCAGUGUCUUGGUCCCAUCGGGCACGGGCUGGGGUGAGGGAAGAGCCGUGCUGGAACACGUGGAAGUUCGGUUUCGACGAGCCCCUCGCUGACCAGUCCCCCGUGGCCAGAGUCCUGGUUCUCCAGGGAGAUGCUUCAGACCGACAACUACUCGCUGGUGAUGCUGGUCCAGCUUCUGCUACUGACCUACGACCUCCUCGUCAACUCCUUCAGUGAGCUGCUGAGGACCACGCCUGUCGCCCAGCUUGUGCUCUACAUCAUCCAGGACAUCGGCCUCCUGUUCAACCUGAUGAUCGUCCUGCUGAUGCUGUUCAACACCUACGUGUUCCAGGUGGGCCUGGCCUCCCUGCUGCUGGAGCGCUUCCGGGCCCUGCUGUUCAUCUGCCUGCUCUACCUGGCCCUCAGCAUCGCCUCCCACUGCUGGCUCAUGAACCUGCGUUGGGUGGACAAAAGCAACUUUGUCUGGUCAGACGGUCUCCAAGCCCUGUUUUUCUUCCAGAGAAUGGUGGCGGUGUUGUAUUACUACCUCUACAAGCGGGCGGCAGAGCACCUGGCCGACCCCCGGCUCUACGAGGACUCCCUGUGGCUGCGGGACGAGUUCAGGGACCGCAAGAGCCAAGAUGGACGGAGCCGUGGACACAGAGGAGAGCUGUCGCCGUGAACGGCACCAGGUUGAAGGAAACUGUGGACCGGGCUGCGUGAUCACUGGGCACUCGAGUGGACUGACCCCGGGAGCCAGACUGAGAGUGAAGACGACGCUCCAGAGGGUGGGACAAAGCCAGCUGGGGGGAAAAGGUUCUGAUCCGGUUUGAAGAGUUGCUUUGACGUGCGAUUUACUGAGACGUUCCGCAAAGUCAGGGCUCACACGCAGGACGGGGCGCUGUGAAACAGGAAAUGAGUGGUUUCUACAUCCUUUCAUUGUUUACAAAAAUGAUGGUGUGUGUGUGCAGUCGUACACUCAAAGUAAAGUGACUUUACUCUGGAGGGCACAAUGUAAAAAAAAGCUCAGAGACAGUAACAAACAUAAGUGGAUCAAGGUGUCGUCUGCAGUGGGAUUUAUGGUUUAUCCUCAGUGAUGUAGAUUCACUCCAGAUGGAAUCUGGGCUAAGUGUAAAUGCAUUUGCAAUUGAGAUUGAAAGUGUUUAAAAUAUCAGUGUUAAUGGCCUUGGAGCAUGCUUAUGCAAAAAUGAGAAUGCAGAAUGUUUGUGAUAUUUGCAGGAAAUGUGCACCAGAAUGCAGCAUUCCUUAUUCGUUUACAGAGGAGAGGAUGAGGACAUUAGAUUUAUUCAUUGUUUUUAUAAGUAAUUUGAAUUAAAUCGGAUGUGGCUGUAUUUGUUUAUAAAAACAGCAGCUUGGGUAUCAAAUUUCAGGCUUCACUUCAAUGAUCAAGAUGCAACCUUAUCUGCUGAAUGCACAAGCUAGUCAUGUUCAGUUCCAUUGUAGUUACAGUGCACUACUGAAUUCAUUUUGCGGUACUGCACACACACACAAACACACGUAAGGCCCGAAACAUACCCUACGUAGGCAAAUGCAGUCGCCUCGAGCUGCGUGAAGUCGAUUUCAUGCGUCGUUGCGUUCUAAAAUGAGUCACCUGACAUUCUUAAGGCAACGUGAGCACAAGCUGCCGUGUCGAACGUCACAGAAAGGGGGCGCUAUAGGAGGCAACAAUUCGAUGAAGCCGUCUUCUUCCAUUUGUGCUUUCUUCCGCUGAGACUUUCACAAUUGUCCUGGAUCGCCCCCUUGAGGACUGGGGUGUAGUACCUCCACUGGGGCAUAAGUAUGCAGGUUGAGUAUGUACAACCGGACCAUACGUUUGUAAUGCAUCGGUUUGCUGUUGUCGUUGACGUUCACGGACUUGCAUAGGGUAUGUUUUGGGCCUAUUGCAGUGUGCUCUACCGUAAACUUCAAUUAAACGUAUUAUUAACCUUAGUGUUUCAUGCAAAACAGUUU